AUGGCAGGCGAACCUAUCGAAGACGAAGAUGCGUACCUCUACGGGUCCGAAGACGAAGCUGAACAACCCAUAAAGAAAAAGAGAAAGACGGAAACAAGCGCAGAAGACGAUGACAUUGACUAUGAUGAGACUGAAGAUGGCAAGGGCGAGACGAAGGCAUCCAGUGCUGAGGCUAACGAUAAGGAAGGGGACGACGAUGAGGACGAAUCUGGAUCCGGAGAAGAUGAAUCAGACUCGGACUCAGACAUAGAGUUUGUUAUUGGAGAAAGUGCUCCUAAGAAGGCAGCCACCACCACCAUAACGUCCGAAGAGGAUGGCGCCCAGGCAGCUGGUGCAGACUCAAACACAACUACUAUCAUUGCCAAAGACCAGGAAUCGACUAUAGAUAUAAACAAGGUGGCAGAGCUCGAUGGAAAACCACUUACUCAAGUAGACCUUGAGACACUUGCAAACAAGCCAUGGAGGAUCCCAGGUGCUGACAUAUCGGACUACUUCAACUACGGGUUUGACGAGUUCACCUGGACCGCCUACACGUGCAAGCAGGACAAGUUACGUGGAGAAUUCAAUCCCCAGAAGCUUAUGGCACAGCUUCUCAAUAGCAAUGGACCAGGUGGGAAGCCACCAGGAGGACCAGGGGGCAAGAACAUGCCUCCUCCACCCUUGGGCAUGAUGCCAGGGAUGCCAGGGAUGCCCCCAGGGAUGCCACCAAUGGGUAUGAUGCCCGGUAUGAACAUGCCAGGGAUGCCACCGGGAAUGCCUCCGAUGCCCAACAUGGCUAAUAUGCCUAACAUGCCCAACAUGCCCAACAUGCCAAACAUGGCCAACAUGGCCAACUUUAUGAAUAACAGAGGUCCUAUACCGCCCAAGAAGUAG